CCUCGCUGUGCUGCUUCGUUUAUCCGUUGCCGUUCUUUCUCUUCGAUGGCUGUCUGAAAUAUGGAAAGGAGAUUUUGUUGUUUUUUUCUUUAUUGACUGACACGUUUUCAAUCGCGAAGAGGCUAGCAGCGACUCUUUAAUCUUAGGUUUUGAUUUGUUAUCAACUAAUUUAAAGUUUCAUAGCAGCUAUCUUGGUAUUUCAAAGAUGAGUUUGUAUGGAUUGACGGGUAGCCCCACAAGGUUAUGCCUGCACUUGCCUACACGACGUCUGGGGUAUCAUAAUAAGCGAGUUUUGGUUUUUCCUAAUGUUGGGAAACCUAGGAAGUUGCUCUGUCUGGAAAGAAAUAAUUGGGCUGGUUCUACACAGAAUGGUAACAUACAAAGAACCCUUUUGGUGAAGUGUGCAAUGGAUGCUUCCUACGGUGAUGAUGGAGAUGGCUCAACUGAUAUCUUUCCCAGAAUCAGUAUAAGGGACCCAUACAAACGGCUUGGAAUCAGCAGGGAAGCUUCUGAAGAUGAAAUCCAAGCUGCAAGGAACUUCCUAAUACAGAGAUAUGCAGGGCACAAGCCGAGUGUGGAUGCAAUUGAAUCAGCCCAUGACAAAAUAAUCAUGCAAAAGUUCUAUGACAGGAAGAACCCAAAAAUUAACAUCAAGAAAAAGGUUAAGGAAGUGACUCAGUCCCGAGUUGUACAGGCUGUCACAAGCAGGUUUCGAACUCCAUCUACAAACGUCAUCAUAAAAACUUCAAUUGCUUUUAUAAUACUUGGAGCUCUCACAGUACUUUUUCCAACGGAAGAUGGCCCGACCUUUCAGGUGCUCCUUUCUUUGAUUGCUACAAUGUAUUUCUUACAUGAUCGGCUGAAGAGCAAACUCCGUGCAUUUCUUUAUGGGGCUGGAACUUUCAUUGUCUCCUGGCUGCUGGGAACCUUCUUGAUGGUCUCUGUGAUCCCACCAAUGCUUAAAGGACCAAGGAGUUUGGAAGUGACAACUUCAUUGAUAACUUACGUGCUUCUUUGGGUUUCUUCCACCUACCUUGGAUAGAACCAGCAUUCAUAAUGCCACAAUUUUGGAAAGAGUAAACAAAAUUUGAUUUUGAUGGUCUCUGGUUCUCGUAUAUCUUGACUGAGUUCAAACAGUACUUCUCUAUCGUUCGAGUACAGAAGAAUGAUCUGUUGUGCAUGGGUAUCCGAGGUCACAAAGGUGAGACUGUGCUGCAUUGCUUUUUGAACAAUUGAGUAAUUCAUGGACGAAACUACACUGAAUUGGUAGGGGGUGCAAAGUGCAGAUCAACUUAUGUAUUUAUGGUUUGUUGAAUUUUUAAAAAGUCGAUGUUUUUUUGGGCAUUGAAUCUUAGUUGAUCUUCUUCGUAGUAAUAGAGGACGACAAUGGCCUUCAAUGGUCCGCCUUCAUUUCAAGAAAUUACAACCUUUAUUAUUGAAUGAUCAUGAUUCAUGGUACUUCCUAAAUGUCGAAGUUUGUGAUCAGUGUAAUCCUUGCAACUAUAUGAAAAUGCUGUGCUGCUAGCAGG